UUAGGGACAUUCGUUCUGUGGACACUUCACGCAGUGCAGAAUAUUAUUAUGUUGUGAAGAUUGCAUUAUAGGAUCGUCUAUUAGUACCGUCAGGACUCCUUUAUUUGUGAACACCAUUAGGGCUGUUCCUAAGGGAUUUUCUUUUUUCUUUUUGGACAGUGCGCGCUUCAAGCCUUGUCGUUGUUGGUGACUUAAUGGUGAACCCUUGGUAACUUUUUCCAAGGACAUGGCGGACUUAGAGGGUCUAACAGAGCUCGAGGCUCAGGAGCUCCGAGAUGCCUUCUCGCUGUUCGACAAGGACGGCAACGGGACCAUCUGCGUGGACGAGCUGGGCAGUGUGAUGAGAGCCCUCGGCCAGAACCCCACCGAGAAGGAGCUGGAGAACAUCAUGAAGAACGCAGACGUCAGUAAGUCCGGGAAUCUGACCUAUGACGAGUACGUGUCGGUCAUCAACAGCCAUUGUCUUUCUGCUGUGGACAUCGAGGUUCAACUCAGACAGGCCUUCCUGGUGUUUGACCGCGACAAGAGCGGCUACCUUGACCUUGACCAGCUCAAGGACGUCCUGUUGACCUUGGGGGAGCCUCUCACGCCGGAGGAAGUGCAGCUCGUCUUUAAAAAGAUUGACCAGAACAACGACGGCAAAGUGGACCCAGAGGAGUUCGUCUCCUUCCUGUGCAAAAGAGUAUGACUGUGCGUCUGAAGACCUGCUCACUCACUGAAACCCUGCACCCGCUCACCCACCCACCCACCUACCUUGUCUCCGCCAUAUUGUCACCUUCAGGUUUCUUCAAGGGGAGUUUAAAAACAAACAAACAAAUAAACUAGGACAAGAUCUGGUACUCUCAACGCAAAUGGAAUUCCACCCUUACAUUACAUAUCCGUGACAGAACUGCCACAGAACCUGGCAUUAAUUUAUGGUAAUUUUAUGCGUCGUGGGUCGGUGGCCUUGUAGUUAGGCUACCGGACUCAUAAUCGUGAGAUUACGGGUUCGGGGUUUCGAGCCUCAGCUCGUUCCGACGUUGUGUUCUUGGGAAAUGCACUGUUCACGAAUUUCCCAGUUGGAUCGGUCCUUUCGGAGAUGGACGUUAAACUCGGAGGUCCCGCCUCUUUAACUACCCAAUAGUGUUGAUAGCCCCAUACAAUUCUUUAAACAUUAUACCUUCCAGGUUACGUUCUCACGGAGUCAACAAAGCAGUUCAGGACAUGAUCAUUAUGCAGAAUCAAUUCUUUGCACUAUAACAGAAUGACACUUUGCAUGACUAUCAAUCUAACCCAAGGGAAAAGACAAUCAUCAUCCUUUACCUCUUCAUGUCUAUGAUAUGUUUCUGGCACAUUGGUCUCUUAGGUUUCUUUGCAUUUAUGUUUUUGUUUUAAAAAGCGUUUUACGACACUUGCAACACAAUUCGAUAAUAAAAGCGUCGAAGAUUAGAGGCGUUACAAGAGAGUAAUAAACAUAAAAAAAGAGGAGACAUGAAGACGAUAGUUGCUUUAUAGUAAAGAAGGAGCAAACCACACUAGAGCACCUACCAAACACCCACUUUCAGUUAAGUGUAUUUAUACAUUACGAUGUUCUGGUUGGAUUGUGUAGAUUGAUUUUUAAAAGAUUGUUUUUAUUUUCUUGUUUUUAUAAUAAUUUCUGGACAAUAAAGAUAUGUCUUAACUUAUCUUAUCUUAUUAAACAAAGGAUAAAAAAGAAUCCAGCUGCGAAUCUAUUUUUCUCUUUCUCAGUGUAGUUUCUCCCUCCUGUUUUCCCGUUUCUUCUGAACAUUGUUUUACGUCGCUUCUUGUUAAUAAAACUGACAUAAUG